UGCUGGCCCCGGCCGGAGCGGGGCGGCUGGGCCCGGCGCCAGUCACUGAGGGGGAAGGCGGCGAAGGAGGAUGCUGCGCUACAGCUCCGCGCUCACCAUCACCACCACCGUCCCCAGGCCGCCCGCCGGCGGCAGCGACCCCGGCGAGAAGCGGAUGAAUGUCUGUAGAUUACGCCUAACAGUGCCACCUGAUGAAGGCUCAUUUUCUGAACAAGGAGCAAAUAAACCGGAAAGAACAAAAAAACAACCCUACCAUGUACCGAAUGGAAUGUCUACAGGGAAGUUCUCUGAUGGCAUGGUGUAUGGUGUGGUGCACAGGACUGACAAUAACCAUAAGAAAGAAAUGGUGGUUUAUGGGUGGUCAGCUAAUCAGCUGAAAGAAGAGAUGAAUUACAUUAAAGAUGUGAGAGCAACUUUGGAAAAAGUAAGAAAGAAAAUGUAUGGAGAGUAUGGUGAAAUGAAACGGAAAAUACAGCAACUUACAAAUGAAUUGACAAUAACAAAUGUUGAAAAAGAAUCCUUACAGAGUCAUAUGCAAGUGCAGGCUGCAGCCUUGGAUAGCUUCAGUGAAAUGAACAGCUCCUUGACAUCGGCAUCAAUUGAGUUGCAGAAAACUUUAGUGGAUGUUAGUUUGGAGAACACAGAUAUAAGGGAUCAAAUAAGGAAUUUAAAACACACACAUGAGCAGUCCAUGGAAAAACUGAAAGAAAAGCAAAAACAGCUGGAAACAGCCCAAGUUGAAAAUCAGCUACUGAAACUAAAGGUAGAAUGCUCUCAAGAAGCCAAUGCUGAUGUAAUGAGAGAGAUGACCAGAAGACUGUACAGCCAGUAUGAAGAAAAACUACAAGAAGAAGAACAGAAACAUAUAGCUGAGAAAGAAACUCUAAUAGCAGAAACAAAUAGACUUCUGAAGGCCAUUGAGGAGGCAAAUAAGAAGAUGCAAAUUACAGAGACAAGUAUACAGGAAAAAGACGAGAGGAUUGGAGAGCUGGAUCGGUUCAUUCAGCGCAUGGAAGAGGAACGCCACCAGCUACAAAAACAACUGGUACAACAUGAAAUCCAGAUAUCUGGAGCAAAAUCUCAAACCCAUUCAGACAGACAGAGGUCACAGCAUCUGGAAGAUGUUGCAGCUGGUCUUAGAGAACGAAUCAAACAUCUGGAUGACAUGGUCCAUUGCCAACAGAAGAAAGUCAAACAUAUGGUUGAAGAGAUCGAAAUACUAAAGAAAAAGAUCAAGCAAAAGGAAUUGUUUAUAAUGCAGCUUCUAGAAAAAAUCUCUUUCCUAGAAUGUGAGAAUAAAGAAUUACAAGACAGGUUGGACUACUUAAUGGAAACCCAGCCAAGGACUAAUGUAGAAACAAGAGAGAUCGGAGUAGGAUGUGAUCUUCCAUCCAGGACAUUUAUUUAUAGACUUCCAGAUAAAGGUAAAAAGAUCUCUGAUUUUGUUGAAAAGCUGAAGCUUGCCAUAGCACAGCAGGAAGAAUUAAGGAGGACAACUGAACUGUUGUCUGUUGUUAGACUGGAGUUUCAGACAAAACAAGAGGCGAUUAAUACAAACAAGCAAAGAGUUGCCCUGAGUGAGAACAAAUCAACAUAUAAAGUUUUCUCAUCUAUUUAUGAAAACUCUGCUACUCUUGUAAACAAAACUUCUACAACUAUUUUGCAAGACAAGGAAGCUGAAUGUACCGAGAAAAGAGACACACGUACAGCUUCUUCAAAGGGCCACAAAAAACUUAAUCAAAUAGAGAGUAUGAUAGAAGACCAUGCAAAAUCUCACGAAAGUGAAUCCAAUUUAAAUUCAUCCACAAUCAGCCUGAUGAAAAUUGAUCAGCAGAUACCUAAAUACAGUUCUCUGGGUGAAACAGAAAGUCCAGUGGAUGCUUCAGGCAGCAGUGGUGAUGUGCUGGUAGAUGCCUUUGAAAGAGUUGCAGUUGGAGAUGGGAAUAACAAUGAAAGAAAAUCAGAAAAAGAACAGAACAUUGCUAAAUUUAAGAAGAAUCCCUUUGGAAGCUUUCCCACCGUGGCAUCAAAAAAGCCACAUUAUAUUGAAGUUCUAGAAUCAAGAGCUAAGAACCCAAGAGCUAAAAAUAAAUUUAAAACCAACGUAUUACCAGCUGAGUGGAGUGGCUCAUCUCAUGAUUCCUCACCUAGUCGUUCACCUAGGAGACUUGGAUCUUCAAUUUCCGAAGAAGAAAGACGUCUUAGAGAUAAGAAACAUCUGGAUGACAUCACAGCAGCCCGGCUGCCACCACUUCAUCAUGCACCUACCCAACUGUUAUCUGUAGAAGAAUCAGUAGCACUUCAGACACAGCAAAAAGAAAUAUAUGAGGAAAUGCAAGCAAAACUUGCCGCACAAAAACUAGCAGAAAGGUUGAAUAUUAAAAUGGUCAGGUAUGAACCUGAGGAGGAAACUUCAAUGAAAUACAGAGAAGUGAGGGAUGAGGAAGACUACCAUUCAUUGGAAGACUGAGUUCAAAAAGGAAAAUAUCUGGCAAUGGACAGUGUAAUUGAUCUCUUGCGCUAUCCUUUUAAAAACUCGAUAACCAGGAUUCUUGGCCUUGUAGAUUGUUGUGUUUGCUAGAGGAGAUGUGGCACUGCAGCUCUGGGAAGGGAUUAAUAGUUUGAGUACAAAUGAUAUUGGUGUUUGUGGCCUGAUUUUCAUAUGCAGAGUGUGUGCUCAGUGCCUCUGAAAAUUGCCCAUUGGGCUUCAUAUAGCUCAGCUAAAGUAGCUGUUCAAGCAGUGACAGAGUGUCUACAAGAAGAUGGUUAUAGUUGGAGGGAAAAUGAACGUAAAAGGAAUAAUAUAUUUUUCCACCCUUAAACCUAUUGUGAAUAGAUAAGAACUCUGAGUUAUAAAAUAACUUAAAUCCUCUUCAGGCUCUAAGGGACAUUCUCUCCAGUUAUGGUGAUCCUUUUUAAGCAAAUCUAACGAUUUAAUUAAUUUGAAGACUAAUAUUUUCUAUUAAAGGCCUUGGUGUUCUUUUUCUUCAUACUAUUUUUGUACAUUGAUUAAACUUUUGGAAUACUA